AUGAAGCCGUCGCCCCGGCGACCGAACCAAGCUGCCUCCGCUGCUGCAUACCGAUCCCAAGCGGCGCCGCAUCUUAUCGACAAUGGCAUCUCCUUAAGCAGAACUAUCUCGCACAACAAUUCUAUUCUCCCCACCACCCCUCAACAAACCUCUGCCAGUAUACCGCACUCUUCUUCCACGACUUCUUCCACAACAUACAAGGGCCAUCGCACAAGCGACUUAGCAGACUACCGCCAUAACCGUGCUGUUCUUAAUCUCUCUCGUAUGCCAUAA